GGAGGGAAAAAGAGGAGGGUGUGAUCUCAGUGGAGCCGAUCACCAUGAUAGUGCCGCCGAAACUACAAGAUUUGCCAGAAACCAUUACGCCGAAGAGUAGCGCUUGUUCAAGCGUAGGUGGUAACUCUGGUGACCACCAUUCUUCAACCUUUAAAGACUCAUCUUUAGAGAGGAUGCUUAGUGAUGCGAGAGAUGCGGGAGAAGGUGCUAACAGUCCCCCAGUAACAAAUGUGGAGGCGGAUGUGGUCGUCUUUGAAGAAUGGGAGAAUAGAACUAUCAAUGGUAGAUUGGAUAAUAUCUGUCAUACUUACAUGAACUAUCCCACCCUGGUGCUAGAUGAUGUGGAUCUAAAGAACAAGUUACUAGAUUAUGUAAAGGAUGAAGGAUUAGUAGACGUAGAGGCCCUGGUUACCCCUAAGCAGCUCGUAGUGUUUGGGUUUGUGGAUGUCACAAACCUAUACACCGAAGCAUAUUGGAGAGGCAAAGUGAACGAGCUCAACGCUCGCGAGGUCGCCGUGGGGAGGGCAGCUCACAAAGUUCGACUCUCUUUGACGAAUAGCCACCUGUUAUGCCGUCCCAUAGCUUGUCACAGAGGGAACGAGGCUCGAGCUCGAUGUCCAGGCCUUAUAUCAAGCAAAGAGUUGAAACUUCCUUCAGAUUCCCAAAGGCGCGUUCGCGAUGACUCAGAUGCAAAGGAUGAUGUGCCACUGCUUAGGUGGAGAACGAGCACUGGGAGUCAGCCCGUUCAACCUGUAGUGGUGCGCUCGUCCAACGUGCUCCCCACCUCCACACGUGAUGCUGUCGAGGCUGGUUCGAUAGUAACGGCGAUAUCUGGCCCCAGGAUUGCUUACCCUAAGGGUUUCAGUUAUACUAAGAUGGACUACCAGGCUACCAUGCUGCAGGGGAUGCAUAACUUUGUUCCCCUGGUGGACCACCAGCAUGCCAAAGAUUACAUGCAGCAGCGUGGGGGGCAUGAUGCUAUGUUGAAGUUGAUGGACACCCACGAUCUUAAUGAAAGCUGCAAACGAUUGACUUCUGAAAAGGCAAGCUUAGAAGAUGAGGUCAACCACUUGCAAAGCUCUGAAAUGGCCAACACAGCAGCGUCAGUUGAGAGCCGAGUUGACGAGUUGGGCAAUCAGGAUGAGGCCGGUUGUGUUGAGGAUCGGGCCAAGAAUGCAGAAGCUUAUAGGGAUAAGGCUUUGGACAAGCUGAAUUCCCUAAAGCAAAGAGUGGCCGAAGCAAACCAGAAUCUCAUUCGAGCUAAGGCAGCACUCAACAAAAUGAAGAAGUCCCAUCAAUGCCCUAUCAGUAUUACUCGAGCUCAAAGGGCAGAGUGGCUAAUCGGCUCGGAUAUGUUUCAAGAUGCCGUAGCGGUCGCCUCACCCAACACCACAUCAGAAAUCUACAAUGAAAUUCGCGGAAAGGUAUUACGGCAUCGACCUGAUUUCCCGAUUGGUGAGCUGGCCUUCUAUGAAGGAGAAGAAGUUGAUGAGCAAGGCAAAAGUCGCACCCCUCUUACUAAUAACAUGGUACGGUUGAGGUGGGAGCUAAAUGAAGAUGGAGUGCCCGUGUGGCCUUCAUCUGUUGUAGAAGAAGGAGAGGAUUUAGAAGGUUUUACCACGGUUUGAUUCAUGGGUGGGAGACACACCUGAGGAAGAAGCUAAACCUUCCAAUACUCCUCCAACUUCUCAGCCUACUACUACACCAACUCGUUCUUCUCCCACUCCUGCUUACGCGUCCGCUCCAGUAGAUUUAACGGAUGAUUAGGGUUUUAGACUUCAUCCUUUGUUUUUUUUUUUUUUUUUGUAUUGGUCAAAUGACCUUUUUGAACAAUUUUAUAACUGUCCCCUACGUUGUCAUGUGUACUAUAUUGGAAAGAAAUACAAUAUGGUCAAUAUU